UGGAACAUUCUGGAUCUCUCCCCAGGGAAGGAGUGCUCCUUCGAGCAGCUGGAGCACGUGCGGGAGAUGCAGGAGAAGCUGGCACGGCUGCACUUUGGGCUGGAUGUGUGCGUGGAGGAGCUCCCCGAGGAGCAGAAGAAGGCGGCGUCUGACAGGAACCUGGAGCAGCUGCUGGCACACCUGGAAGAGCUCAGCAGCUCCAUGUAUCCUUGGCUGGGCACGGGGACAGCCUGGGGACAGCGACAGUGACAGUGACUGGGACAGUGACAGGGACAGUGGGGACUGUGGC